GUGCCCGGAUUCCUCGAGUGUAGCACGACGCAUUUGUCGAUCUUCGGUGGCAUUGUGGACGUGAUCCUGCGUAACGUGCAGCUUGCGCUUAGCUGCAGUACCCUUUCGUCACUGGUGAACCUGGAGGCCUUGAAGAAAAUGGCACAACCGGAAUGGCUUCAACGUCCUGCUGCUGUGGUGACCUUUCUCUCUGCUCUAGUCUUUCUGUUGGCGCUUCUGAUGACACACCGUUGGGAUCAACAGUCCUUGAAGACGCUUCCGUGGAAUGAGAGGGAGAACUUGCUCAUGCGUGAUCUCAAGGCCAGCAUCCUCGGCCCCGGCGGCACCAGAGGCAAAGAAGGUGCAGGAGCCAGCAGGCGACAUGCAGAAGAUUGA